CUCCAACCUCGUAUCCCCCCACAUACAUAUCGCCAAGCACCCACUCACUGGGAGCUACUCACCAACACUAACUAAAGCAAACAAAUGCAAAUAUCCAAACUCAUCACCUUCCUCCCCCUCCUCCCCUUCCUCCUUCACUCUCCACACUUGUCCAAUGCCAACCAACCCAUCCAAGCCAUCGUAGUCCUCGUCCUCGAGAAUCGAUCUUUCGAUCACAUGCUCGGGUGGCUCGACAAGGAUAGCUCUUCUUCUCCUACAGUUGACGGACUCACCGGCGAAGAAUGCAAUCCUCGGUCGACUGAGGAGGGCCUCGGGUCCUCUGUAGUUUGCGUCUCUGAUGAUGCUCAGUAUGUCGACCCUGACCCCGGCCAUUCUUUUGAGGCCGUCAAAGAACAAGUUUUCGGUACCUCCACCAACAGCAAUAUCCCAACCAUGUCCGGCUUCGUUGAACAAGCCCUCACAAUCUCCGACGAUCUCUCCACCGCCGUCAUGAAGGGCUUCAACCCUAAAUCCAUCCCAGUGUUCACCAAACUCUCCCAAGAAUUCGCGACUUUCGACAGGUGGUUCUCCUCCCUCCCGGGCCCCACGCAGCCCAACCGCCUCUUUGUCUACUCCGCCACCUCCCACGGUGCCACGAGCCACAACAAGUGGCAUCUCGCCAAAGGGUAUCCCCAGAAGACGAUAUUCGAUUCAUUACAUGAAGAUGGGCUGGAUUUCAACGUGUACUUUGAGAAUGCGCCAACGACGUUGUUCUAUCGGAAUAUGAGGAAGUUGAAGUAUGUGAGGAAGUUCCACAAGUAUGGGACGUUCUUGGAUCAUGCUAGAGAUGGCAGGCUUGCUAGCUUGAGUGUGAUCGAACCUAGGUAUUUUGAUAUGAAGGGAAAACCAGCAAAUGAUGAUCACCCAUCGCAUGAUAUCGCCAACGGGCAGAAAUUAGUGAAGGAAGUGUAUGAAGCCUUGAGAUCUAGCCCCCAAUGGAAUGAGAGCCUUCUUGUUAUUACGUAUGAUGAGCAUGGAGGAUUUUAUGAUCAUGUUGUGACUCCAUACACUGGAAUUCCGAACCCAGACGGGAUUCUGGGCCAAGAUAAUUUCGGGUUUGAUCGAUUGGGUGUUCGGGUUCCAACGAUUGUGGUCUCGCCUUGGAUCAAGAGAGGAACAGUUGUGAACAAGCCAAAAGGACCUGCGGAAAACUCAGAGUUCGAGCACUCUUCAAUACCUGCAACGAUAAAGAAGAUGUUCAAUCUCACCUCAGGCUUCUUGACACAAAGAGAUGCUUGGGCUGGGACUUUUGAAGGAGUCGUUACUGAGCUAACUUCGCCUCGAACAGACUGUCCGUUGGUUUUACCGGAUGUUCCUCCUCUGAGGACAACUCAAGCAGAUGAAGACCGUUAUGUUUCAGAGUUUCAAAGUGAGAUAGUCGAGUUGGCUUCUACCCUCAACGGUGAUCAUUCGUUGAACAUUGAAAGCCUUGAAACGAAAAGGAGAAUGAAAGUAAAGGAAGCCGAUGGGUAUGUUGAUCGUGCAAUCUCUAGCUUCUUUAAGGCAUGUGAAGAAGCCAUCAGCAUGGGCUUGGAGGAAUCGACGAUAGUGAACUUGGAAGCAUCGGAUACUACGACAGGAGCUCCAUGAUCCAAUAUUUUGCUUUUACUUGCUUAUAAUGCAUGCAGGAUUUCUCUUGAUUUUUAUUAUAUUUGGUUGAUGGAGUAUGUCAAAAUGUAGAAUAGUACUCUUAUGUUGUGGAGUUUUUCUACGUAGCUAGACUUCUAUGUAGUUUUUCUAGUUUAUGUAGAAAAGAACUAACAUCGGCAAUGAAUGGGUGUUGCAGUCU